AUGGACGCUUUGAUUAAUUUGGGGAUAGCUGUUAAAUAUAAAGAUAAUCCACCAAGUGGUUGGAAAUUUAAAUAUUAUAUACCAACUAUUUUAUUACCUGGCGAGAAUCCAAACAACAUCAAAGAGAUUAAAUGUCAUUCGAAUAUAAUUAUCGGCUAUAGAUUCAAUAUCAACAAAGAGAGAAAUAAUGAUGAGAAGGGGAAACAAGUUUUUAAAAAUAAUUCAACUAACGAUUAUACCAAUAAUCCACAAGACAUUGAAUUAUUGUAUAUCAAUAUGUCAAGAGAUGCAUUAUUAAGGUAUAUGGAUAAUAUGGAUAACCUUAAUUACUUGAUUUCUGCCACUGGAAUUAAUUAG